CCAUGAACCCACUGCGCCCCGAGUCCCCGCCUCCCCUGCAUCCUCCCCUCCUCGUCCCGCAUCCAGAUGGCCAUUCCCGUGCACAAAGCGUCCCUCGUGGACCCCUCCCUCCACAACCCAGCCCUUCUCCAGCUCAUCAAGGUCGAGUUGUCUCGUAACCUCAUCGAGCACAUCGUAGACACCGUCGUUGAGACUGUCGACUACUCCCUGGGUCGUCGCUCCCUCUCGCGGCAUUCAGAAAAUGCCAAGUUCACCAAUUUCGUCGCGGACGUGAUCCACAAGGCAGAGAUCAAGGUCCCAGCCCUCCUCGUCACCCUCGCCUACAUCGACCGUGCCAAGCCACACCUCCAGAUCGCCCUCGAGCAGUGGGCCUGCGAGCGUGUCUUCCUUGGCGCUCUCAUCGUUGCGAACAAGUACACGAACGACUCAACGCUGAAGAACGUGCACUGGGCGCUCUGCACAGGCAUCUUCGGCAAGCGCGACAUCGGCCGCAUCGAGCGCGAGUUCCUCGACGUGCUCGACUUCGAGCUCGGCGUGUCCGAGCAGGACGUCCUCGCGCACCACGCCGCCAUCAUGGCCAUCUCGCACCCCUCCCACCACCACCACAUCCGCGCCGCGCCGUCGCCCGUGCGCACCCGCCCAGCGUCGCGCUGGAGCUCGGACUCGGACUCGACGGACCAUGCUCGUUCACUCGGGUCCGCCGUCGCCCCGGCGCCACAGUACGUCGUCCUCCCCUCACCAACGCCUGCGCACGUCCACGCACAGCCACCAUCAUACGAAAUGGAGCUCGACUGGCGACCGCAGACGCGGGCGGUGCAGCAGGAAUACGCGCAGCGCUCCCAGCAGCCGCAGGGCGAGCAGGUGCAGCGGACGCAGUCCGAGUCGUCUGCGCAGCCGCGCAGCUCGGGCCACAACCGGAUGUCCUCGGCGCUGCAGCUCCUCCACGCAUUCCCUCUUCCGUUCAACAUGCACGCGCGCGGGGCUUCGCAGACGAGGCAGCGCUGUCCGUCGGGCGCGUGCCGGCCACUGCAGGUACAUCCGAGCCUCGCUCCGCCCACCGCGGCGUAUGCGCCGCAAGUGCUUGUAUGAGCCUGCAUCUGCAUCCUAUCUAUUCAUACUCUUCGAUCCUAAAAUUAAGUGCGCAGCGCGUAAGGCUGCUGCGAGACGCACGCUCGUUAUAGCUAUCUAUUCUUUUCGUUCUCACUUCGCAUUCUGCCAGCGCACAGCUGCCCAGCAACAUUCGCAUCCUGCAUUGCUCCACGUACUCUAGAAGCCGCUCCCCUCCCUCUACAUUACAUACUGCAUAAUCCCCCGGAGGGCCCCUGUACUGUACGCAUACCGAUCUUGCUUGUUUCACCUGCAUUGUAACACCAGCCACUGUCUGUACCUAGAUCGAUCAUGACAACACAACACGAUAAUUGUCCUUGUAACCGCACGCAAAUUUUCCGUCUUGUGAGCGACAAACGUUCGACAUCGGGAGCGAACGGCCCUGAUUCAUUGAGGUACGCCGGAGCGGACCCGGCUUGGCCGGGGAGAGGCUAAA